AUGGUUACCAAGAAGGGGACAUACUCUAGCCGUUCCGGCAAAUCAGCGGUUCCGGACUUUCUAGCUUACAAAGAAGACAAGGCGCAGAAGGUACCGGAGUAUGGAGAACGCGACUCCAAGCGUUAUGCAACAGGCUCACCACGACCACCUGAUGGAUAUGCAAGUUCUGCAAAAUCUAGAAUAUCCAAAGUCUACGGAUCGACAUCUAGGGCAUUGCAAAUUCCUGAGAGCUCAUCUAGAGCCUCGGAUCCCUUUGCACUGCCCACCAGCACUGCUUUAGUACCCUAUACAGGUGGUCGGAAAUACUAUGACAAUGCACUAGUAGCUGGCAGCUCCAACAGCCGCAGAGACUAUGGUCGUCCGCCAACAGCUGGUGGCUCCAGACCUUCUCGCGGCGGCAAAGACUAUGGCCCGUUACCAAUCGCCGGCCGCUCUCGCCGACGACGCGUCCAUUUUGACGAAGAGAGAGAUGAUCGUAGAUCAUCCAGCCGCGCCCGCCGAAGACGGCACCGACGUCAACGAGAAUUGGAACGUACCGACUUAGCAAUAUGUUGCCGUGACUGCUGCACUUUAGCACCGCGUGCACAAAUCCCACCGCUACUACCAGAGUAUGGUCCGGUAUCUGAUGCGACCCUCUACCAGCUCCAUAUGGUUUCAGGCAUACCUCUGUACAGACUUGAGUAUCUGAGUGACUAUGACCUUAUCACCGAAGGCCCAUGCGGCUCAUUGGGAAUUCUGUUCCCCAUGCUACCCUGCGAUAUUCGUGAUGCUAUUUCGAGUGGACGUUUUUCAAUCCGCCCAGUGCAGGUGGCUACGGUAACCACUGUGAAUGUGUACACAACAUAUGAGUUAUACUGAUUUAGAAGGAAUGAUAGAAUAGCUUGAUUCUUACAGUUCAUAUGCACCAUCUCCUCUUGACAAUUUGUUAUUUUCAAUUGGUUUAUCUUUAUUUCUAUUUUUUUUCAGCCAUUUAUCUUACGGAACAAUUUGGAACUAGGUAUCUGGCAGUGCUCGGGUUUAGAAAAUACAUUUAGGUUUUUUCCCGUAGGAUAGGAUCUACCUACCUCUUCUAGGUCGUUUCCCACGGCAUGGCAUAUUUACUGAUAUUAACUGUGCCUUGCAAGCUUUGAUACUAAAGCGGCUAACCGUAGCUAAAAUGACAUUGUUGCGGCCCUGCUGGACGCAACUACCUGGUCGAAUACCCAAACUGAUGCAGAGCGAUACUUCUACACUCCUUAGCAUGUACUCCGUACCAAGCGGUCAUAUCCCAGUAGGUAAGAGAUUCUUGCUCCGUAUAUGCAUCUCAAUGCCCGACUAUAUCCCGCUGCUUUUUACUGCACCGAAAGAUAUAUCGCUCAACGAACUUCCUUAGCUUUCUCAAUGAGAUUUAUAACAGACCAGAUGCCCAUUUAGCAAGCAGGUUGUACACAUAUAUUUCCCCUCUUUCCCUCUAUUAAAUGCAUCAUAUGGGCUCUCCUUAAUUAUGCUACCGAACUAGCUUGUUCUUAAUACCAGGAGAUAUAGCCAUUGAAGCCGUUAGUUACAUAUGCAUCAAAGAGUUCCCCAGACAUUCGGCAGCAAGGGCCGGAGUUAAGUAUGAGACAACCGGAUGGGACCCUCACCCAGACGACUCCGUGGGCCAUGACAGUAACUGUGGCAACAUUGGGAGCGUGCCUGAUUUGCCUCUGUCCACUCCCAUUUGACGUGUAAACCGGUUAUGCUUCAAAUUGGCAGCAGAAGGGGAUCCUGCCUUGUCACGGUUUGUCCUGACGACAUCCAUCAAAGCUGAUGAUUACAUAUGUAGAGGAUAAGGCCCCAUUACUCGACCUCUGUGGUUCUAGGGUUACCUGGACAAACACGGCUGAGCUAGCGAGUUAGCGAGCAAGCUCUCUGUCUAACGGCGUUCUUGUGCCGUGAAGUACAUUUGCAGGCGGCG